AUUAUGUUAAAAAAUUUGACUCCGGUCCAAAAAGUUCCACUGCCAGUAGGUGAAAUCGAUUCAUGCACAACCACUAUAAGAACUACUGCCUAUAAAAAGGACGAGACACGAGCACUUAAUUAACACUUACAUACACACAAACUAAACCUAUACAAAAUGGAGCGCCGCCGCCCGUUAGUGUUGAUCGUGGAGUCAGUGCGGGUGCUGAAACUCGUCAAUUUGUUUGCGGUAGAUAAUGCCGGAGGAUCGCCCACCUUCGUUCAGCUCGACAUAGCGGAGGAGACGGUGAGAGAGAACGAAGAACUGCUUAGAGAAGUCGUGGUGGUGGAUGACGUGCACUUGACGCAGGUUUUCCGCGAUAUAAACCCGACGGUUUAUAUCGUCGGAAUCACGACGGGAGAGGAGGUGAAUGAGCUCGAGAUGAUCGCAGCGGGAGCUAAUACAACGAUGGUGAACGUCGUGGAUGAGGUGAGGAUGACGGAGAUUUUGCAGAAUCUCCCGGCUCCUGCUCCGGCUCCGGGUCCGGUUUAAUUAAUGGGCGUCGUCUUACUUGUGAAGUUGCAAUAAUGCUAUAGAUAUAUAUGUGACCAAUGUAUGGUACUAUCCUUCGUGAUACAUGAUAUAUAAUAACAUUGUCUUUCGAUGAUGAA